AUGGAGAAUGGAAACAGAGGAGGACUGCGCAGAGGACGAGGCAGAAUUAAUGCUGAGCCUAGGGGAGCUGCUGGUCAUGACCAAAGACAGGAACGUCUUCCCAACCAGAGAGGGAGAGGGGGUGGAGAGAGAGGAAGAGGAGGAGGAAGAGGAGGUGGUGGUGGUGGAGGAGGAGGAAGAGGAGGAAGAGGUGGUGGUGGUGGUGGAGGAGGAGGAGGAGGAGGAGGAAGAGGUGGUGGCGGAGGAAGAGGAGGUGGAGGAGGAGGGAGAGGUAGAGGAGAAAGGAGAGGAGACAACAGGGCCAACCAACAACCUGACCAGAGGAUAAACAUUCCAAGAGAGAGGGAGAGAGGAGGAGAGGGAAGAGGAAGAGGUGAAGGCCAGAGAGGACGAGGAGCAGGACAAGGUGGAGAGGGGCUGAGGGGAAGAGGAGGCAGGGGGGCAGGGAGAGGCCAGGGCGAUGCUUCCCAGGUGCGCAGACUUGGGUAUAAGACUCUGGAAGAACUUUUGGAGAAAGAGCCGUCCGAGGUGGCUAUCACUCUGUCAUCCAGUACGGGUUUGCAGGUCCUGCUGCAGGACAGGGCCAUGCGUCAGGACCUCGUACAGCUUCUCUGCCAAGUUCUGUGCAAGGCCUUUCAGUCUCGUCACGACCGCAGGAACGUGCAACAUCUGGCGGGGAUGGUUAAAGAGUCUGAGUUCUUACAGACCAUCCUCCCGCAUUACGUGACGGGUAUGAUGUCAGACUACCUCCCUGCUCGCCGGGGACAAUACCCCCAGCAUGUGGAUAACAUACUCAGCCUUGUUUCUGAAGUUCUCAGCAUCUUCCCCGCCAGCGCCGUGCGGACAGCUUCCAUGAUUGUGGCUCUUCUAAAACCAGCAGUGAACCAGCUGAGGGCCUCCGGAGUGGACAUUCUUGAUAAGACAGACGAGGACCUGGAAAAGAUCCAGGGCCUGGUGGACCACCUGCAGGAGAAGGCCAGGGAGGGGACCCUGAGGACAGACAACUACAACUUCCUAGCAGCCAAUGAGGAUGCGCCUCCAGGAGAGGAGGACUUCAGGGUUAUGACUAUAUACCCGACGCCUGAGGAGUUUCGGCAGGACCAGAAACCUUACUUACGACCCAACAUCACAGCACAGCGCUACCCAAACACCCAUGUCUACCUGGACACACACUUUCGGCUUUUGCGUGAGGAUUUUGUGCGCCCACUGCGGGAGGGUAUCCGGGAGCUGCUGAACAGUCAGCAGGACGAGACCCUCAGUGGCGUGCCCAUGAGGAAGAGGCGCUUCGAUGAUAUCCGAAUCUACUUUGAUACCCGCCUGCUUGUUCCCCUGUGCACCCCCUCUGGCAUUGCCUACAGAGUCAAGUUUGACAUCCGACCCCUACAGUUUGUGCGUUGGGAGAACUCAAAACGACUGCUGUUCGGUUCUCUCGUCUGCCUCUCCAUGGACAACUUUGAAACUUUUCUGUUUGCCACCGUGUCUGAUCGAGACCCCAAAAAGCUACAAGAGGGUCAGAUCCAGCUCAGCUUUUCGCAGGAUAGCCGGGCCAAACUGGCAGAAAUCUCAGCCUCCCAUUCCUUCCUCAUGGUGGAAACCACGGCUUACUUUGAAGCCUACCGCUAUGUCCUGGAGGGUCUUCAAGAACAAGAAGAGGAUGACCUUCCCUUUCAGAGGUACAUUGUGGAUUGCAACCCAGAUAUUCAGCCCCCGUCCUACCUUGUGGCUGAGGGAAGGAUAUAUAACUUAUCCAGCAUCGCGGCGGACGGCUUUAAGGACAGCGUUCGGCCCUUCAACCCUCUCACUCAGGCUGCCUGGCCCUCAGAGGAACAGAUGGGACUGGAUGAGAGCCAGCUCCGAGCUCUCAAACUGGCCCUCACCAAAGAGCUGGCCAUUGUACAAGGGCCCCCGGGCACAGGAAAGACAUAUGUAGGACUGAAGAUUGCCCAAGCUCUUCUGGACAACUAUGAUGCGUGGGGGCGUGGCUCUCCAAUGCUGGUGGUCUGCUACACCAACCAUGCUUUGGACCAGUUUCUGGAAGGUAUCCAUAAGUUUCUCGAGAAGGGCAUCGUAAGGGUCGGGGGUCGUAGCAACAGUAUGAUCCUGAAGCCAUUCUCUUUGAGGGAGCUGAGAAGGUCACAGAACCGUCGGGACUUGCCCUCGCACCUACGCCGGGCUCAUCACGAGAUCCAUAGAGAAAUGAUGGAGGCAGAGCAGCAGAUAAAGACGGAGGCAGCCCAGCUGGAGUGCAGUCUGUGUGGGGUUAUCAGUGAGCAGUUUCUGGAGAGAUACAUCUCUGAGCAGCACUGGGAGAGCCUGCAUCAGCCGCUUUAUGAUGGCUUCGAGACCGUGGGAAAAAAGCCCUCAAUGAUUUUGGAGUGGUUGGGGUUAGGCCUCUCCACCUUCCAGCACAAACCAAACAAUCAACCUAAUGGAAACAAUGAGGAAGAGGAACAGGCUGAAGCAGCAGAGGAAGAGGAGCUGUUGGAGGUACAGGAGGAGGCAGCUCUGAUUGAAGCUGAGAGGAUCUUGGACACGGAGACCUGGGACAAAGAUGACCGGCGAGAGAAGAGGCAGGAAGCAGCUGUAAUGGAAUUGGCUAACCUGAUGUUAGCUAUGAACCUGAACCAGACUGAGACCAAUCCACCUGCUCAAGGUCAGGAUGACGAGGGCUGGCAGAUGCAGCGCCAUCAGAAACAGAAGCGUAAACAGAUUGUUAAAAAGGAGCUGAGAAAGACUUCAGCCAUGAGCGAGGAAGAGGAGGAGGAUGUGUGGAAUAUUUGGACCCUUGAUCAGAAAGACAGAUGGAAACUGUACAGACUGUGGUUACAGCGUUACCAGACAAAUCUGCGUGAGCGUGCUCUGCGUGCUGAGCAGGUCUAUCAGAUAGCUGCAGAGCGUCUGGCAGAGAUCCGUAGCCACGAGGACCUGUGCGUAAUGCAGCAGGCCAAGGUCAUCGGCAUGACAACCACAGGAGCAGCUAAGUUCCGGAAGGCCCUUCAAGAGCUCCGUCCGCGGCUGAUAAUUGUGGAGGAGGCUGCUGAGGUACUGGAGGCCCACACCAUCACCACACUGAGCAAAGACUGCAAGCAUCUGAUACUGAUCGGAGAUCACCAACAGCUGAGGCCUAGCGCCACAGUCUAUGAACUAGCCAAGAACUUUAACCUGGAAGUGUCUAUGUUUGAAAGGCUGGUAGAAGUGGACUUCCCCUACGUUCGACUCAACUACCAGCAUCGUAUGAAGCCAGAAAUUGCUCGUCUCUUGGUUCCUCAUAUCUACGCUGAGCUGGAGAACCAUCCCUCCGUCCUGACCUACGACAACAUAAAGGGAAUUUCGACAAACAUGUUCUUUUUGGAACAUGAAUAUUUUGAGGAACAGAUUCAAGAUGGGAGAAGCCACCAGAACAGACAUGAGGCAACAUUUGUGGUGGCCUUGUGCCGAUACUUACUGCACCAGGACUACAAGCCCUCCCAGAUCACCAUCCUCACCACAUACACUGGCCAGCUCUUCUGCCUCCGCAAGAUGAUGCCUUCAAGGGAGUUCUCUGGAGUGAAAGUUCAUGUUGUAGACAAAUACCAAGGGGAGGAGAAUGACAUUGUGAUUCUCUCUCUUGUGCGGAGCAAUGCAAAUGGUCGUGUUGGCUUCCUGUCAAUUCCAAACCGCGUGUGUGUGGCCCUAUCACGUGCCAAGAAGGGUCUUUACUGCAUUGGGAACAUGGGAAUGCUGAGCCAGGUCAAACUGUGGAGCGCCAUUGUCCACACUCUUAGGGAAAGGGGCCAGGUGGGCAAGGCCCUGAUGCUCAGCUGCCAGAAUCACCCGGAAAAACGUACCAUGGUCUCUAGAGCUGAGGACUUCAAUAAUGUGCCCGAGGGGGGCUGCAAUCUGCCCUGUCAGUAUCGUCUGGACUGUGGCCACGUCUGCAUCCGUGCCUGCCACCCUUACGACCCUGAGCACAAGGACUACAAGUGUGACAAACCCUGUCCAAAGGUACUGUGCGAAAAUAACCACAGAUGCCCCCGUCGGUGCUAUCAAAAGUGUGAUGUCUGUGUGGUUAAGAUGGAGAAGAUCAUCCCAUGGUGCCAGCACAAGCAGAUGGUGCCUUGCUUCGAGGACCCUAGUCUCUUUGUAUGCCAGGAACCCUGUGAAAAAAGAUUAAAAUGUGGGCACCCCUGUCCUGCCACCUGUGGAGAGAUCUGCACAGAUAAGUGCAUGGUUAAAGUUACCAUGCAGUUGAAGUGUGGUCACAGCCAGGAGGAGCCUUGUCACAUCUCCACAAAUGUAAAGCAGCAACCCCAAUGUAGGACCAAGUGUAAAACGAUGUUGAAAUGUGGGCAUCCUUGCCCAGGGACCUGCCACGGAUGUUAUCGUGGUCGCAUGCAUAAGCCAUGCAACAGUCGCUGUAAGCGUAACCUUGUGUGUUCGCACCAGUGUCGUGAACCCUGCACACGUGACUGCCCACCCUGCGCUUUGCCCUGUCAAAACCGCUGCGUCCACAGCGUCUGUAAGAAAACAUGUGGCCAGCCGUGCGCUCCCUGCAGGGAGCCAUGCGCUUGGCAGUGCCCGCACCAACGCUGCACCAAAUUGUGCCAUGAGCCUUGUGACCGUCUGCCUUGUACCGAAGCCUGUGACCUAACCCUGCCUUGUGGGCACCCCUGUAUAGGCCUCUGCGGAGACCCUUGCCCCAAAAAAUGCCGCGAGUGUCACAGGGAUGAGGUUUCUGAGAUCUUCUUUGGCACUGAGGAUGAGCCAGAUGCCUGCUUUGUCCAGCUGGAGGACUGCGGUCACUUCUUUGAGGCCACAAGUAUGGACCACUACAUGAGCCAAGAUAAAGACAAGGAUGCGGGACUUGACCAGCUGGCCAUUCAGCUGAAGCAGUGUCCCAAAUGUCGAACUCCCAUCCGCAGGAAUGUGCGCUACGGUGCUCACAUCAACCGCAGCCUGGCUGAGAUUGAGAGGGUGAAGGAGAAGAUUAAUGGGGAGCCAGAUGACAUAAAAGCACAGCAGGAGCUACUCAUGGGACUCUUGAGAAACAAAGUGAAUCUGAAACAGUAUCUCCCAGAAGAGUAUAGCCAGACUGAGGAGAAGCUGGAGAAGUUUGGUUUCUCGCUCCACAUGCUGUGGCAGCUGGAGAAUCGGAUGAACUUCUUGGAGAGCAUUGGGAAGCUGAUCAAACUAGAGAAAGAGCGCAUGUCUCCAGCAAAAGCUGCUGUUUUCUCUGUGAGAAUUGGAGAGUGCCUUAACGUCUUGAUGGAUCGUGGACAGAGGUUUUCUGAACAGCAGAUUUGGGAUCUUGAGCGUGAGCUAAGAAGGCUCUCCUGCCUGGCGGAGCUUAACGUUCGCUGCAAGAUGGCUGAAAACAGAGUCAUAGGAGUUGAAGUGAAAGCACAGCUGAUGGAUUUACAAGACAUCCUGGAGGGGACUCUGCCUUUCACUGAGGCAGAUGAGCUCCAGGUGAAGCGGGCCCUUAAAGACUUGGGAGAGAAGUUACCAGAGAGUGGACUUGGUAUCACAGAUAAAGAGAGGAAGAUGAUUCUCCAAGCCAUGACCCUUAAUAAAGGUCACUGGUUCAAAUGCCCCAACAACCAUAUCUACGCCAUUGGUGAUUGUGGGGGCGCCAUGGAAACCAGCAGAUGCCCUGAAUGCAAAGCAACCAUUGGUGGUGCCAACCAUACCCUGACAGCAGGAAACAACCUGGCACCAGAGAUGGAUGGCGCUGCACACGCUGCCUGGUCUGAGGCUGCCAACCUGCAAAAUUUUGACCCAAGAGACCUCUGAAUCUGCUUCCUGUUUAUGACCUGUUUAUUCAAUUAUGAUUUCAGGAGGAAAUUUAUUGCACACAUGAAUUGUAAGAAUGUUUUAAUGUGCAAAAGAAGUAUGUAUGACUG